UGCCCAUCCACACGAAUCAAACCCGCCAUUAUUCUCCUAUUCGUAACCACCAUCACCUAGUGCUUCGAUGGCAUCGUCCUUAUCAUGUACCAUGCUCCUCUUCCCUCCCAAUCCCUCUCUCUCCCCUCCUAAUACUCUCUGCCCUCUCUACAGCCUCCGUAAUUCUCCUCCUCGUACCACUGUCACCACCACCAAAAGACCCUCUUCUUCUUCCAGAAGAUCAGUCUCAAUUUCGGCUUCUUCGGAUGCUCUGCAAGCUCUGAUAUUCGAUUGCGAUGGCGUUAUACUGGAGUCCGAGCACUUGCACCGCCAAGCUUACAACGACGUUUUCUCUCACUUCAAUGUCCGAUGUCCCUCUUCGCCUGUUUCUCAGCCUCUCAAUUGGGACUCGGACUUCUAUGACAAUCUCCAGAACCGAAUCGGCGGUGGAAAACCCAAAAUGAGAUGGUAUUUCAAGGAGCAUGGUUGGCCCUUUUCUACGAUAUUCGAGACACCACCGGAAAAUGAUAGUGAUAGAGCAAAGUUAAUUGAUACUCUGCAGGAUUGGAAGACUGAAAGAUACAAAGAAAUAAUCAAAUCUGGAACUGUGGAGCCUAGACCAGGAGUUUUGAGAUUAAUGGAUGAGGCCAAGACCACUGGUAAAAAACUUGCUGUUUGUUCUGCUGCAACUAAAAGUUCAGUUAUACUAUGUCUUGAAAACCUUAUCGGAAUUGAGCGCUUCCAAGGUCUUGAUUGCUUUCUUGCAGGUGAUGAUGUGAAAGAAAAGAAGCCUGAUCCUUCAAUUUAUCUAACAGCUGCAAAGAAGCUAGGCGUGUCAGCGAGAGACUGUUUGGUGGUGGAGGAUAGUGUUAUUGGGCUACAGGCAGCAACAGGAGCUGGGAUGUCAUGCGUAAUUACGUAUACAGCAUCAACAUCUAACCAGGAUUUCAAAGAUGCAAUAGCGAUGUUCCCUGACUUGAGUAAUGUAAGAUUGAAAGACUUGGAGUCAUUGCUUCAAAAUGUUGUCGCCGCCAAUUAGGGAAUCUGUGGCAUUCCGCGAUAUAAGUAGUGCGUUUAAUACACCAUAAGGAUGUUAUGCUUGAAAAUGUUGUUGCUGCUCUUGACGUGUCAAAUCUGUAGCUCGAUUUAGUGCUGUAAUCGACAUUGUUGGAUGAAGAACAUAGGAGCUGAUGAUCUCGGAGAUUGAGGUUUGUUGGAGGGUGUGUGUAGAUGCAAGGAAAAAUUCUCUCUAUUAAUGGAAAAUUCUUUCUCUUACACUAAA